ACUCAGCCCUGACGGCAUUCUGCCUUGCACCGCACGCUGGCUGCGGCCGUCCGACCUGAUGCGGCGCAGGAUAUGUCGGCUGCCGAGCUGCGAGAGAAGGGCAACACGUUUUUCCAGGCUGAGCAAUUCUCGGACGCUGCCCGCUGCUAUGGCGAGGCCUUGGCAAAGAUACGCUCUGGAGACGCGGAGGCACUGGAAGUGCCCGUCCGGCUGAAUUUGGCCGCAGCUCUGCUGCAGCUUGAGUCCAUCGACGAUAUGGCAAAGGUUGUGACACUUUGUGACGAAGUGCUGGCGCUGGACCCAUCGAACACCAAGGCAUUCUAUCGGCGUGGCAUUGCGCAGCAAGCGCUUGCGCAGAAGCCAGACGGUUCACGUCCCAUGCUCCAUGCAGCCAGGAAGGAUUUGCUGCAGGCAGCCAAGCUGGAGCCCAGCAAUCGCAAGGUGCGGGAUGCCCUGCAGGCGGUGACGAAGGCGCUUGAGGCUCCCCAGAAGUUCUGGGAAUGCAGCCUGCUGGGCAGCAAUCUCUACGGCGACCGGCAGCCUUCCAAGCCGCCGCCGCCACCCAGCGUCUGCUCUGUUUGCCGGCGUCUAGGGCACAGUGCGUGCGGCGAGUCCUUGUGGCUCACCGAGCGGGCAAAAUGGCUUUCCAUGCCAGACUCAGAGGCGAUUCGAGCCAGCAGAGAGGAGUACCAGUGCGGAAUUUCAGAUUUAUCUCAUCUGAGUGAUGAUGAGAGAGACGCACUUGAGGACUGCAUCGAUUCCAUCGACCGCCCCUUCCCGCCCCUGAAGUGCCCUGUCUCGCUCGGGCAGGCCGUGCGCUGUGCCGUGGAAAUGUGGGACGAUGCGGGCGCGUGAUAGCAUGGGACCGCUGCAGGCAGAAGCUUCCGGGUUGGCUCCACCGCAUAGUGGCUUCUUUCGGUUUGCUCAAAUGUCAAAGGUGCGCAACUCGUUGUCCGACUGCGAUGUCUCGUGGCAAAGAGAUGACAGAGCGCUGGGGUGAUGACCGUCGUUUCCCAAUGCAACGAUGCCGUUUGGCUGACAGCCAUCAGAGUGGGUCCCAAUGUAUCAAUAUCAGCAUGAAGGUAGCAACUCACGCAAUUUGGUAAACACGCCCUUGCCACCAUGUUCUCAAAGGCAGCAAGGUGGCGCCGGCCGCAGCCCAGUGCCCUGGCGGCACCCGCGCAGCCCGGGCCCACACUGCUGGCGGCCCGGUCGGCUGCGCAGGCGGAGACAGUUGGCCAGGGCGCACUUGCCCACGUCAUCUUGGGCCAUUUCGAUGGCCGCAAGGUUGCAAGGAAAGUUGUGCACGUGCACAACUUUCCUUGCAACCUUGCGCCGUCGUAUUGGCCAAAGGUGACCUUAAAGGAAUCAGGAGCUUUGGAAGGAGUUCGAAGUUCUCAAACUCGUGGGCGGGCAUCCAAACAUUGUGCAAGUGAUCGAGAUUGAGGCGAAAGCAUUAAGACAUGCGAUAGUGAUGGAGAUGCUGGGGCCUUCACUUCUGAACAUGCUGAGAUUCCCGGGAGUGGCGCCGUUUGCCAUCAGAGAUGUAGCCAGGAGUUUGCUGAGCGCACU